GAAAAGAAAGACUUCCAUCCAUCUGCAUUGCCUGCCAUUGUCUGUCCAGCCUCUCGAUCGAGCGCACCUCCCACUCGAGAGGUUAUCGCCCUGAUCUCAAAGAAAUGUCAGGCAUUUUUGACGAAACAUUUCAUGUUUUGUGUACCAUCAGCCUUAAAAAUACCAGAAGUACAAUUUAUAACCAAAUCACUUUCCGUCCGGAAUCGUAGCCUAUAGUUCUAUGAUUUAUAUAGGCCAAUGAGAUCAAUGCUGUGACCGCAGCGAAGGGUAGGCUAGCAAACAUAUCAUAAAGACAUUUGGACAAUGUCCUCACGAAUGCUUUCACGAUAAACCUGUGUGAUUGAUUCUGAAUGCUGCGGCGAGAGAAGGCUAAUUCUGGAGUUUUGGGCACCAGCGGAUGCUGCGCCGAAGAAUGGGAUACUCCGACCCUACGUCGGGUAGAGAUUUACUCGGCAAUAGGUCGCUUUGUUUUAUAUUCAUUUGCGCAUUUGGACUGGUUACACUUUUACAACAGAUUCUUUAUGGCAAAAACUACAUUAAAAGUGCGCAACAGUUUAGCCGACUCAAAGGAGACGAGACAGGAAAUUGGACCGGCCCUGUUAAUUUCUCGGAUGAUGGAUCUCUGAAGCCUGCCAGAAAUGGGAAGAAAAGAUGUUUCCGUCAGAAUUUUCAGCCAGAUUCACAGAGCUCCGUAAUAGUCACACCCUGCCUAGCCGAUAUUAAGAAGAAAAAAAAACGCUCGCAAAGGUAUCUGGAUUCAUACGAUGGAUCCUAUGACUACAACUCCACUGCAUGUAAAGAGCUCAGACAGGAGAUUAUGGAUGUCAAAGUCCUGACCAUGGUGAAGACGUCGGAGCUGUUUGAGAGAUGGAGGAACCUGCAGGUGUGCAAGUGGCAGCAGAACAUGGUGGAGACUAACAACUUCAAGAUGUCUCUGUCGCGUUGCUGUAAUGCACCCUCCUUCUUGUUCACCACCAAGAGGAACACCCCAGCAGGCACCAAGCUGAGGUAUGAGGUGGACACCAGUGGCAUCCUGCCCAUCACUACUGAGGUCUUCAAGAUGUUCCCCGAUGACAUGCCGUACUCCAAGUCCCAGUUCAAGAAAUGUGCUGUUGUUGGAAACGGAGGAAUCAUCAAGAACAGCAAAUGUGGGAAGGAAAUUGACUCAGCAGAUUUUGUGUUUAGAUGCAACAUACCACCCAUCAACAAGAAGUAUUCGGCUGAUGUAGGCUCCAAAACGGAUCUGGUGACGAUUAAUCCAAGUAUUAUAACAGAGAGGUUCCAGAAGCUAGAGAAGUGGCGGAGGCCAUUUUAUGAGGUUCUUCAGAACUAUGAGAACUCGUCGGUGGUCCUACCCGCCUUCUACAACACGCGUAACACUGAUGUCUCCUUCCGAGUAAAGUACAUGUUAGACGACUUUGACUCCCAGAGGGGCGUGUUCUUCUUCCAUCCUCAGUACCUGCUCAACGUGCAGCGCUUCUGGGGUGUCCAGGGUGUCCGUGCCAAACGCCUCAGCAGCGGCCUGAUGCUGGUCACCGCCGCCAUGGAACUGUGCGAGGAGGUCCACCUCUACGGCUUCUGGGCGUUUCCCAUGAACCCCUCAGGCAUCUUCAUCACGCACCAUUACUACGACAACGUCAAGCCCCGCCCCGGGUUCCACGCUAUGCCCCACGAGAUCUUUAACUUCCUGCACAUGCACACGCGAGGCAUCCUCCAUGUACACUCGGGAGCCUGCACGUGAUUGUGAACCGGAGUCACGCCCACACCGCAAUGUAUCGUGGGGAGUCACCAUUUACCCCUGUUUUUGUCUGUUGUACAUUUUUCAUAUCUUAAUUGAAAGGUACAAUGUUUUCUUUCUUACAGUUGACAAGAGAGCCUUUUACACUCACACCGUAUAUCUGGGCUCUCUACAGUAGCUCCAUGAAUCGGAGGUUGCUUGCUUUAAUGCAAACACUGUCUACUUAAUGUGUUUCUUACUCUCUUGCUGAAUAAGCAACUCCAACGACCGCCGGUAUUUCUGAUUCUGUUAAUGUAGGUUGCUUGUUUUAAUGUAAAGUGGUCUUUCCUAGUGGUGUCGUUUCUGUGAAAUCUUAGUGGCUCGGUGGUACUACUGCUGUACAGAGAUGUUGGUUUGAACUCAACGUUGCACAAGUAUUUACACUGAAAUAGGGCCACUCUGUGUGUCCCUCACCUCCUCCUGUACCUUGUCUUUGCCAAUUCCUGUGUUAUGAUUCCCACCCACCUAUGUGCUCUCUUUCUCAGACACUGUGGUUGAGGCAGCUUUUAUGUAUGUCUGUGUAAAAAGCCUGAACACUAUUGAUGUUGUAGCAAAUCCAAAAUAUAUCUUCAAAGAUCCAACAGUUCAACUUUCUGUUGUCCAGCUACAUUAACCUGUUUUACAUGGGUAAAUAUUUCAUAUAAAACACUGUUAACACUCCUGACCAGAGAUUACCUUUUUCACAGGUCCACUUUCUUCUGUAUAACUAACUUGCCAAACACUAGAAGAUAUCCUUGGAUAUUAUUGGUGAAAUGGUGGUGUUUUAAUUGCUCGCUGUUUUUGGACAAAGGCCAGAUGAUUAAUAUUUUAUAAUCUCCACCACCAUAGUAAAAUCUCUGACCUCCAGAACAGACAGUCCUAGUCACGCUGCAUGGCCAGGAGUGUUUCCUCACCUUGGGACCUGACUGGGAACACUCUAGGUCCUAGUUGUAGCCUAUAUUAUGUUAUAUCCUGUAACUAGGGCUUGGAGGUUUUCCUGGUCAGGUCACAGUCAGAGAAAAACACCCUGGCCCUAGUUAUUGGGCACUGUUGAGCAAUCUGAUUUGUCGCUGUCAUUCAUGUCUUAAAACCACGCUGCCUUACGAUAUAACUGUACAAAUCCUCUCUCAGAUAUGCAAUUCCCUCCUGCAUCACUUAUCUAACGGAUGAUCGUAUCAAACAAACUCUUGGUCUUACUGUCUGCUGACUCAGCGUAACCUCAUUAAGAAAAGGGUCACUUCUGCUGUUGAAAUGAUGUAAUAUUCUAUAAUUACUGUAAAAUAGAAUUCCAUUUGCAUACUCGUGAUGCUGUGCAUGAUGAUACUCUAUUAUUUGCUUUGUGUGUGCCUGCAACCACCACUGAAAUAUGUUUACAAUGAUCAGCUUCUGCUAAAGCUCCCAGUGCACUGCGAGAGAUGGAACCUUUACAUCACCGAACCUUGAAUAGAUUUUAAAAGAGAAUUGAGUGAUGGAUGCACUUUUUCAGACGAUGGAAAGGAAUGACUAUUAUCUCCCCGUUUAGAAAUAAGAUCAUUUUGUCACUGCAUCGUGUCAUUUUCCCUUUGUGACAAUGUUGUACCCUUGAAAGCAUUGUGGAUCUCGGCCUUGGAAUGCUGUAUGUUUCUAUUAGUAUUUAUUGUGUUUAACUGUGACAGAGUAGAGGAACGUUGCUGACUGAACUGAAAACAUAGGAUCAUUCUUCUGUACAUGCAAUGCCCCAAAUUACCAUGAUAUUUAAAAGACAUAACUCCUAAAAAAGAAAAUGUGGACGAUUGUUUCUUUCACAUGUAACUCAGUCACACAGAUUGUGUGUAAAAGACAAAAUGCACAAGGUCAAUUUAUUCAAUCUGUAUGAGCACAUUAAACAUUUUUAGUUUGACUCAGAAUCACAAAAUAUCAUACAUUUUAAAGAGUAAAAAAGAACUAAGUAAAGAAUUGGUCUGAAAAUGAAUGGAUAGAAUUAAUACAGCUCGAACAGUGAUACGAAACCUAUAUUCUGGAUCAUUCUUUAUAUUGUGUCUGUAAAUAAACUUGUUUGGCUUUUC